AUGCGCGAUCACGCGUCACGGACUUGCAACGUCUGGAUGAUCAGUGGCUUGUUGUUCUCGUCGGAAGCUUCCGCAUCGUGUGUGAUUUAUGAGUCCUUCGAUUGGUGUGAAGCUCAGUCCUGUCUCGAUGAACAUCGUGCAUUUUCCCAAUGCCUCGCGCCUCCCAGGCCGCUCUCAUGUUACGAUCAUGUUCUUAAGCACUCCCGAUCGCAAGUGCUGCUACACCGUCGUGUGUGGACGAGAGCAGUCGCAGGUUGCGCCUACACAUAG